UCUCUCUAUUUGACCCUAUAAAUCUGAAGUUUCCUAGUGAUAUUAGUAACUUUCUUUGAUCUUCUUUUUCCUUGCUUCUUUGGGGUUGAGUACUCCUGAUAAUCUUGAUUAUCGAUGGCCUCCUUCAUUGAGGGUUUGGCCAAAAGGUUUGUCACUGAUGGCAUGAAAGGGUUGGCAGCAGAGGUAUUUUCACAUUAUCAGUAUUAAGUUUUGUGCUCAAGUUUCAUAAUCUAACUCUAGUUUCUAUUAACCAAAAAAAAAAAAAAAACUCCAGUUUCUAUUGCCACAAACAGAAGCUGGAACACCAAUCUGCUCCUGAUAUUAAAUUGAACUCUGUUGCUCCACUUCCAUUGGAUGACAAAACUUCACACAAUUUGUAUCCAAAUAUAAGAAUGGAGGGAGCCAUUGGAACGCAAGUGAAUCAUGUUUGUGUUCCUAGUGCUCCUCCAUUGUUCCCCCACUCUACAUUCGUCAUGAAUAGAAAUAUUUUGGAGCAAAAUCCAAGUCCUGGUGCACAUGAAACAACUCACAGAUUAAGUAACACUGCUAACUUAAACACGUGUGUUUUGAAAGAAACCGAUACAAGUGUCUGUUCAGGCAGCACUACAGUAAUCGAGACAAAUGAAAUUUCCCCGUCACCCGAAUUUCCAGUCAGGACUCAUACUGGUAUGGAAGUGAAUGCACAUGUGGUUCCUUCUCUGAUUCAGCUCUCUGUAUGUAAUGCAAGAGAGCUAGGUACAUGGGGUGCUGCAAUUUCUUAUGAAGCAGGUGUUAGGGUCUGCCUUCAUGCAUGGGCGAACAAUUAUUCCUCUGAAGUUCAAUGUUUCCUUGAGAAUGAAUGUGCACUGUUGCGUUACACAUUUGGCCUACAGAAUGUGUUACUACAAUCAGAAGCUGAACUUUUGGCCAAAGGAUCUUCAAAGCUCUCAAGUGAAGCAGCAGCUCAAAAUCCUGUGAAAACUUCUGGAAAAAUAAAAUUGCAAGUUCGCAAAGUAAUGAUGAUUUUGGAUGAAUCACCUUCCAGCUGCAGUUUAUCAUCUCUAAAACAGCCAAAGAUUAACAAAGACGCAAUAUGUAGACGUGUCUCCAAAUCAAAUUCCAGUUUCUUUCCCUGGUUAAAAUAUGUAUGGAAGAAGUAUUUACCACCCCAUGCCCCAAAAGGUACCUUCCGUCAGAGUUUGGAUCAUGUGAAGACUAGAGCUAAACAUAUCGAAAAGGUACCCCGGCUCCUUAAAGCUGCAACAAGUACUUUGUGCAAUCCAUCUUCAUCAUCACAAGAAACGUAUUCUUGCUUCUUGAGAUUGAGAAGUUCAACUGAAGAGGAUGCAAUUCGAAUGCAACCAGGAUCUGGCGAAGCUCAUUUCUUUUUUCCAGAUAGCCUUGGUGAUGAUUUAAUCAUAGCAGUCCAAGAUUCCAAAGGACAGCAUUGUGGUCAUGCCCGAGCUCAAGUAUCUGCUAUUGCUGAUAAGCCUGAUGACAAGUUACGAUGGUGGCCUUUAUAUACCGAUCUAGAGCUUGAACCUGUUGGUAAAAUUCAGUUAUGCAUGGAGUAUUCCACGAAUCCGGAUGAAAAUCAUCAUCUUAAGUCUGGUUCCAUUGCAGAAACUGUGGCGUAUGACUAUGUCUUCGUAGCUGCAGUCAAAUUUCAAGAUUUUCAGCAAAGAAGCUUCUUGAUAGAUGGCCCUUGGAAAUGGUUACUAACUGAAUUUGCAUCUUACUUUGGAAUAUCAGAGGCAUACACAAAAUUAAGACACCUUUCCUACGUUAUGGAUGUGGCAACACCAACCAAAGACUGUCUGACCAUAGUACAUGAUAUGCUAUCGGAUAUAUUUUCGAUGAAGGGAAAGAGCACAAAUCAGCUUAGUCCAUUGGAGAAUCACAUGCUGGUGAAGAUUUUGGAUCAAGUAAACCAGACUCUUGCUUUGGUUUUUGAGAAUUACAAGUCACUUGAAGAAGAUUCGCCCUCAGGGAUGACAAAUGUUUUUAAACCUGCCAGUGGAUUGGUGCCACCAUCUUUGGUACCUGCAAUCCAGCUAUACUCCCUUCUGCAUGAUGUGUUGAGUCCUGAAGCGCAAAUGAAGCUCUGUAGAUAUUUUCGGGUUGCUGCAAAGAAGAGGUUAAGAGGGCACUUCGUGGAGACAGAUAACCUUUUUCUAAGUAGUAAUGAGGGAAUACACAAGGAUCCCAUCACUUCUUAUCAGAAGAUGAAUUCUCUGAUCUCAAGCAUCAGGAAUGAAAUUCUCACUGACAUAAGCAUCCAGAACCAGAACAUCCUCCCAUGUUUUGUAGACCUACCAAAUAUUUCUUCAUCCAUAUACAACGUUGAGCUCUGCAGUAGAUUGUGUGCUUUCCUUGUUGCAUGUCCUCCUCCAGGCCUAUCACCUCCAGUUGCAGAACUUAUUAUUGCAACAGCUGAAUUCCAGAGAGAUCUUUCCUUGUGGAACAUCACUCCUGUAGUUGGUGGAGUUGAUGCUAAAGAUUUGUUUCACUCGCAUAUAGUUUCCUGGAUUCGAGACAAGCAUCGUACUUUGCUUGACAGGUGCCAACUAGAUAAAAUAUAUUACUAUUUACAGAAUCGCACAAGUGAAAACUGGUCUGAUAAAGAAACAAAGAAUGAGACAAAUCCCUUUAUUCAUGUCAUUUAUAACCAGCUGAUGGAAACCCUAAAUGAAUAUGAGAUCAUCAGUUCUCACUUGCCGAUGUAUGCACCUGCUUUGGAGAAUGCUGUUGCAGAUGUUGAGAUGGCAGUUGCUAAAACUAUGGAAGAAUGCUAUUCUAAUGUUUUAUCACCAUUGAAGGACAAUCUGAGCAACAAAGUACUAGGCAACAAGUAUGUCAAAAUAUUAUCCAAUCAAACCAUUGAGACUUAUUCUGUCCUAGCUGAGGUAGGAAUUGUUUUCAACUCCAUGAAGUGCAUGCUAGAUGUCAUGUGGCCCAACAUAGAAGCAAAGUUCCAGUCUUGGCUUCCUUGCAUCGAUGAUGAUGGAUACACCAGGGGAGAACAUCUCAAUGAUGUAAUUGUACUUCUGAGAACAAAAUACAGAAAUUACCGACGGGUAAUUGUGGAGAAGCUUGCAAAAAAUGCUAGAGUCCAGGCAGCAACAAAGUUGAAGAACAUUAUGCGAGACUCAAAGGACGUGGAAUCAGAGGUUCGAAGUAGAAUGCAACCUCUAGAGGAUCUUUUGCGGAAGGAAAUAGAUAAUCUCAGUACUGUCGCCAAUCCUACUGUGUGUGCAGAACUCUGCCACGAAUUUUGGGACAGGACAGGACAGGAUGUCCUGCGUCUCUUGGAAUAUAGGAAGAGCAGACCCUAUUACAAAGGCCUUCGUGUUGCAAUUUCGGCAAGUUUUUGUUGGGGAUUUUCAAUUGGAAGUGUAGCCGAGUUGUGCGCUACCGCUAUUAACAUUGUUUUCCUCUUGAGUUUACUGGGCCACGACAUGGUGAAAAAUGAGGAGGUUGAGGAUGCCCAACAGGAGGUUCAGGAGAUCCGGGAGGAUUCUCCGGUAGCUCAGGAAGAGGAUGCGGCUCCUCCUCCUAUGGGGUUUGAGGAAGCACUGAAAUGCAUCUGGUCCGAGGCUGAUGCAAAGACAAAGCUCUCCAAAGAUGAUGUAACUAAGAUGUGCAAAAUGGUGCCUACAUUUAGGGUAAUAAUAUUGUGGCUUGAUAUGUUGGAGCUGGAUCCAAACUAUUAUGGAGAUGAUCUUGAUGAGCUAUUCAUGUAUGAAGAUCAAAUUGCUGAUUGGAGUCAAAGCAAACUCAAUGUGAUCAUAGAAGAGCUUCCAGAUUCUCCAAAAAGGCCAAAGAGUAGUGUGAAGAUUGUGGAACUCCCUGAAUCGCCCAAGAAAAAGGCUCUUCUAGGUAUUAAAAUUUCGGAGCCAUUAGGUGAAGUGCCUACUCAAGGUAGCUCAGCUCCUACGUUAAAGGAUAUUGGUAAGGGUAAGAGAAAAAUGGAGGUAGAUGAGUAUGAUCUUGAUGAUGAUGAUAAAUAUUUUGAAGACAAUGGUCCUUAUGAUGGUGAAUCUGAUGUGGACUAUAACCCAACAAAAGGUGAUGAUGAGGGCGAUGAGAAUGCCACACCUGAAACAACGGGAGUUACCACUAAUCUUGGAACUAAGGGAGAUGGUUUGGUUGAGGAUGAUGAGAAUAUAUUUGGGGCUGUGGAUUUUGAUGAGGAAUCAAUAGGAUUUGAAUGUCAUUCUAAUGGCAAGGGUGGUAUUGUGUACCCAGAAUUUAACCCUAAAGUGGACAUGGAGAAGCCAAGGUUUCGUGUGAAAAUGUUGUUUGCUACCGUGCAAUUACUAAGAGAUGUUGUGGUUGAGCAAGCAAUUAAGCAAGAUGCAGCACUGUAA